AAUAUUUGUUGAAUGCGCAUGUCUUCUAGAAUAUUCCUUUCUAUUCCAUAAUUUGAGUGAAGCAGACGCUCAAAAUUUUUAGACGAUUUAAUCGAUCAUCAUCUGCAGUUUCAUCUUUGAGUUGUCAUAAGUAUGUUACGGGCAUCGAGAGUUUCGAAGUCUAGAAGUCCCUAUUCACGGACAACAACGACAAAUUCUGCAGCCAGGGCCAAAAAACGAAGUGUACCUGAAGCAACGCUCCCUCGACCGCAUGAUGUCGCCAUUGUUGACCAGGCACCGAUCGUGACUGACCAGGCACCGAUCGUGACUCAAAGUCAGACUGUGUCCACUGUCGCCUCCUUAGUUCCCCUGCAGCCCGCUAGUUCAGCUGAAGUUAAUCAAGAUUCGAUUUGGAUCAUAGGCUCGUCAAUUAUUCAUUGGGCUCACAUAUAUGCGAAGAAUUCAAAUCAAGAGAAUCUUGGGCAGGAGUCUUCCAACAUCUUGUGGCAUGGAAUUCGGGGUAUGGUCUGGGAGCAAUUAUAUCCCACAAUUGAAUUUUUGUUAGCUCGUAACAAGAAGCCAAAGAUUAUUAUUAUACAUUGUGGGGGCAAUAAUAUUGGUCAGGCUCACAAUACAUUAAGGGGUCUUCAAAAAUAUUACAAGUCAACUUUGGCAAAUAUUGCUAAUUUACUUCCACAAACUUUUAUAAUUUGGUCACAUAUUUUGCCUCGAAAUAAUUGGAUUAAUUGUCUUGCAAAUACAGAAGGACAAAACUGUAGACGUAGAAUUAAUAGUGCCUGUGCUACAUUUGUGCUAAAUAAGUUUCAGGGUCGGGGUGCAUCAGUCAGUUAUCCAGAUAUUAGAGCUCAAUGCAAGGAAUUAUUUAGAAAAGAUGGAGUUCAUUUGUCAGAUUUGGGAAACAGUAUUUUUAUCAAUAUUUUGAGGAAUGCUUUGGAUCAUUUCAUUGGUUGUAAUUUUGUUUCGUCAACAUUUCCUUGA